AAAGUUUUGCAGUAGCAGCAGCAGCAGCAACUUAAAAGAAUUUUAAGCAAAAAACAAAGCGCUUCAAAAAACAAUUUGGUCGAUAGGAAGCUUGGCGCAGGUAAAAAAAAAACAAAAAGAAGAGAAAAAAAAAGUCAAAAGGGAGAAAGAAAAAGGUUUAACCAAGAGAAACGAGCGUCUCAGUUCGAAGAAAAAAAAGGAAGAGCAACCGAGGAAAAGAACGAAAGAGGCAGAAGCGAUCGCGUAAACUAUCGUCAGGUGUUGCGUCUAUUAACGAAGGAUGGUAUACGGAAGUAAUAGAAAGAGCAGCAAUGAUCGUUCCAAGUUACACGCCGUCAGACAACGUCGUCGUAGCUCGAAGAAUCAUGCUGGCUUGUCGUCCUGUGUACAUGGAUGCGUGGGUAGCGAAGGUUUACAAAAAGUAAGGGAUCACAUAAUGAAGGCCCUUGAUUUUGGCAUCGAGUCCGGAUAUCUCGUACCAACGGAUGCAACCUGUAAGAUGCUGCGCGUAUCCUCUGAUUUACUAGAAAAACGGCAAAGACGAAGAAAUGAGAAAACGAACGAGACGACGACGAUGAAAUACAGGAGGAAAGGGUCCGAGGAUUCUUGGAAUUUGCGUGAAAAAGAAAAUAAAGAAGUCGAACCGGUGGACUCAUCGACGAAGAAAUUUGAAGAAUGUUCGGUACAAGAAGCGAGGCGCAAACGAAAAAAUUGUAGAAGAAAUUGUAGAUCUCGAAGUCGAUCGGAAGGAAAUCGACGCAGAUCUCGUAGACGUAGCAGAAGACGUGGAAGUUCAGAGAAUCCCGAGAAGUUGGGAAAAGACGAGGACGAUUACGAGCCAGACAAAAACUCCGGAAAGAAGAAUGCUCGUAACGAGCGUGCGAAUAGCGGUUCGAGAAGUUCACGCUCGAAAACGCAGGAAAUCGACAGAACUGACGCCGGAAGAUCCGACGACAUCUCGGACAUUUCUCUCGACGAGGACGAAACCGACGAGGAGGGGGAUAAAAAAAAGAGCAACACUACCAAAUCUUAAUUUAAAUCGAUGUGUGAUAGCCGCGAGUCACUUUCAAAUUUCUAAGUAUCGUCCAUUUCUCCGAAUGUUAUUAUUCUCCGUACGACCAAUACAUUUGUACAAUCUUUAAUCGUUAAUCGAACUAAUAGCGUUAUUUUCGACAUAAUCAUAUAGACACUAUGUGGCCACGAAAAUUUCUUCCCACGCAUCAUAAUUACACUGAUUAUACGCGCCAUGCACCCAUUCUCUCGUGGCAUAACGCGUGACAUGAGCUAGAGGUAGAGAGAGAGAGAGAGAGUGUGUGUGUGUGUGUGUAUGUGUGUGUGUGUGUGUGUACGUACCACUGUGACCUUCCCUUCCUUCGA